CACCCAUACAUAGACAGAAGACGUCGCUGCGGCCCCGUAUAACUAUUUUGCGUUUAUUAUUAGGAAAUCGAAAACGCUUUGCACUGUGGCUCUAUCUCUAGCUCUAGCUCUGACUCUGACUCUGACUGUGAAGCUCUGACUGUGGCUCCGACUGUGGCGCUGGCGUUGCCUCUGACGCUGACUGUGAAGCUGCUCGCUGGCCGCCUAUCAUCAGUCCGUGAGACGGUCUCAAAGCUAUUGGUCGUGUUGUCGCUUGUCGGUCGCCACCACCAGCUCUCUGCCACACACAAAAAAAGAGCCACCACAGUACUACUAACUGCAAAGCAGCCCAUCGUCAUUACGUCGUAUCGCAACGUAACGUAACGCAAUCUCUUACGCGAUCGAUGAACGCGCGCGUAAUACGCAACGGUAAAACUCAUCCGGAGUGAAGCCUCCUCUAAAAGGAUUAUAAUUCCCAAGUGAUGCACAAAAAUACUUCUUUAACACAUCAAUUGAAAUCGUUUACGAAUAAACUUAUUUGAAGAUGUGCAAUUUUAAACAUUUCCUCACAAUGAUAAUCAAUAAAUUACUAAAAUUAAACAUUAUAAAUAAAACCAAAUGAAACUUUCUUAUUAAACAUGGAUUGCAAAAUUCCAGCAAACAUUUAAUACAACAAUUUCCUAUCCUCGUGUCCUCAUAAAUCUUUAUCGCUAAAGUUUAACAAGUUUCAGACGCUCCCAGUAGCUGUAAGAGAUACUAUAUCCGAACUAUAUAUAUAAUAUCGGUGCUAAAUCAAUGAUAACUGCAUACUUAAAUGCAAUUAAUGCAAAUUGUGACAGCCGCAAAUGCAAAGUGAGUUAAGCUGUGUAAAAGCAACAACAACAACAACAACAACAAAUAAUAAUAAUAAUAACAACAACUUGAGCCACAUGUGCACAGGCUGAUGAUGGGCAGGCAUUAAUCAGACAAUCCAUAAUGAAAUUAUAAAAUAUAAUGGCCAAGAAAUGCACCAUUUCCAUAUGCACACACACACACUGAUCGCAUACUAUAAUUGCAUAGAUCGUUGUAUAAACCGAUUAAACACAACUGGGAAGUUCUCAGCUCGGGAUUGGUGUCAACGCGUCUAACUAGAAUAAUACGACAAUUACAGUUAAUUAGUAUGAAUAACUAAAUCCCAUAAAUCAGCCACAAAGAAAGUCCACAGAUUGUACAAAGUGUAAAAAAAAUAACUAUAAUCAAUAAAUGUUAAAUAUAAAACUAAAACGAUCCUAAUUAAACUACUGACUAUCUAAGUGCACUCUAUAAAUAACUGUUCAUAACUCUAGCUCCUAUACUUUAUAUAGAUACUGCUACAAUCCUACUAUCAAACAACAAAAGCAACAACAACAACAGCUCCUAACUAUUAUAAAUAAAUUGCAACACACUUAAAUAUAAUCGUAAAAACGAAAAAAACGAAAAAACGAAAAUAAUCAAAUUAAAUUAUAUCAUUUUGUAUUAUAAUCUUAUCGAAAUGCAUUACACUGUGCUAUACGUUUAAAAUCGAUCUACCGUUAUUACAUUAAUUAAAAAAAAAGUUGAUACUGAUUCGUCGUGUUCAAUUAUCUAAGCUCUCUAUUCAUCAAUCUCAAUUGAAAACCAAAUCGAAAUUGAAAAACCGUUGCAAAAUAAUCCUUAAAAAAAACACACACACACACAAAAAUAGUUGCAAAAGAAAAUUUCACACGCGCCGUCGGCUUGGCAACUUGUUGUGGCAGAAUGACAACAGCAACAACAACAUCGGGAACAACAGCAACAACCACAACAACAACAACAACAACAUUAACAAGAUCAACUGCGCUCAGCUUUAGCCAAUGCCAAUGCAAGUUAUCAACAUCCGUAAAACGCUGCAAUAGCCAACGGUGUUCAAAUGUUGAUUUCUUCCUGCCGGCCAACGGAUAUCCGUGCGGAUUUUAUAGCAGCAGCAACAGCAACAGCAGCAGCAGCAACAGCAGCAGACACAACAGCAACAGCGGCAACAAGACAACGUUUUACAAUUAAACUAGAAGAGGCUAACAAAUUGAUGCCGAAGCAACGAGCACAAACAACAGAAACAGCAACAAGCAUGUAUGUAACUCCUGCGUACAACAAUUUGAAAACGCCAAGGCAACUGCAAUAACAACAAAGUCUAGCAUUAAAGAGCACAGCGAGAAAGAAGUAGCAUUAAUAAGAAGACAACAAUUGAGCAGCAGCAACCAUAGCAACAAGAGCAACCAGAGCAACGAUAGCAACCGCAACUGAGCAACUCAGAGGAGAAAGCAGUGCAGCUAACAGUUAUGAGAGAGAAAGACCACUCACCAAGAAAGAUGCUUCCUAGCCCAAAACAGGGCUGUGUUUACCCUGCCUUAGGAUUAAUACCCACAUCGUAUAUAUCACAUGUACCUUAUGAUCUGUCCGCCUCAACGACGGCGGCCACAGCUACCAGCAGCAUGACGACGACAACAGCGCGACACCAGCAUCAUCAUCAUCAUCAUCAGCAUCCACAUCAUCAGCAACACCAGCAGCAGCAACAUCAUCAUCAACAGCAGCAGCAACAUCAUGGCAACAAGGCGAAGCGACGCAGCAGCUACGAUCAGCCAUUGGAUCUGCGAUUGGCGCACAAGCGACGUCAGCCUGGCAAGUUGGAGGUGGAGAUGGAGAUGGAGUUGGAGAUGGAGAUGGAGCGACAGUCGCCACAGCCGCUGGAGGAUGAGAAUAGCAAUCUCAUCAUGUUUGCCAACGAGUUGGCCGCCCAACGUAAGGAGAAGGAGAUGAACAACAAUCACAUUGCCGCCUCGCUGGCGGAUCUUGGCUUCGAUAUGAGCCGCAAGAUGCUGCGGGCACUGCGAGAGGGCGUGGCAACGCCGCCAGCGCCACCAACGCCUGCCGUUGUGCCCGGCGUGCACUCGACGCUGCUCGAGGCGAUGACAAAGACGCUGCCACUGCAAUAUCGCAACGUGUUUGCGCCACCAACACCGUCACAAGCUGGCGCCGCAACUCCAGACUUUGCCUUUCGGCAUCCGCUCAAGAAGAGCGACCUCAGCUGGCCACCCAACGAGCAACUGGAGCAGCAGUCACAGCAGCAGCAGCAACAUCUUAAAUUGGAGCUGCCAACGCCAGCGACAGUUGUGCCCACACCCACGCCGCAUCCACAGCUGCAGGAAUUCCAAUCACGUCAGCAUUCGCGCAAGGCAAAGCAGCGUCAACAGGCACAAGCCCAAGCACAAUCCCAAUCGCAGGCGCAGUCAGCGGGAGCGGGAGCGGCGACGCUGCCAACGCAACAGCAACGCAACAAGGAUCGCUACACCUGCAAGUUUUGUGGGAAAGUGUUUCCGCGUUCCGCGAAUCUCACGCGACAUCUGCGCACGCACACCGGGGAGCAACCUUACAAGUGCAAGUACUGCGAACGUUCCUUUAGCAUCUCCUCGAAUCUGCAGCGUCAUGUACGUAACAUCCACAACAAGGAGCGACCCUUCAAGUGCGAGAUCUGUGAGCGCUGCUUUGGCCAGCAAACGAAUCUCGAUCGGCAUCUGAAGAAGCAUGAAUCGGAUGCGGUAUCGCUGAGCGCCUUGAGUGGCGUUAGUGAGCGAAUGCAUUGCAUACGACGCUUCUGCGAGAAUCCCAGCGAGGAGUCCUACUUCGAGGAGAUACGCACCUUCAUGGGCAAGGUGACGCAACAGCAGCAGCAGCAGCAACAGCAGCAGCAGCAACAACAACAGCAGCAGCAACAACAACAACAGCUGCAGCAGCAACAGCAUCAGCAACAGUCACUGCCAUUGGCAACAUCGCGAAGCUCCGCAUCGUCCAGUUGCUCCGCCUCGCACACGCCCACAUCCUCGCACACGCCCACGCAAUCGGAGUCAUCGGAGACGCUGGCACAGGAGCUGCGUCGACUGCAGGCGGAGCGCGACAAGACGGGCGACGACAGCGGCGACGAGCUGCCGCCCAUUCAGCUGAAGCAGGAGGCGCCCGAGGAAGAUGAGGAGGAGGAACUGGAGCAGGAGGAGAAGGAUUCCAAGGAAUCCAUUGCGACGCUACCAUCGACAAGAAGAGAAACGCCUACACCGAAACAGGAAUCCUAAUGGACAACAACCUUAAAACCCAAUCCUGACCCUGAAUGAAAAACAUUUCCUAUACUCGUAUGGUACAACCGAGAGAAAGAGAGAAAAGAGAAAGAGAGAGAGAGAAAGAGCAACGGCAACAACACAAACAAUUUGCAGACCUUAUAUAUUAUAUUUUUGUCUAGCUGUAAAUAUAUAUUUUGUAUUUUGUAAUUUGUAAUUUGUAUGUUAAAUGUUAAUGUGUAAAUCGAAUUGUACAAAACAGAAGAUUGGCAACUGUAUAUCAUUUUAUGUGCGUAUUAAUUUAAGCAUUGGUAUUUUUUGUAUAUAUACAAAGCGACAAAACGACAACAAGCGUCCACUGUUUAAUAAAAAGU